AGCUUAGUCUACUCCCGUAGGUGACGGUGCACUGUUUUUAUCAGUCCACUUGGAAUCGAUAUCAUUUUGACCGUGGUGACUGAUAACGGAAAUCGCACAGCUUAUCGCCCGCUUCGUCCAAUCAGUCCCAGUAGAGUAGUAAGAUAUCCGGACGUUCCCGCGGUAGAUAUUGCAUUCGCGAGUUUAACCCAACAGAAAGAAGACGGUCCCUUGAAAAUGCUGCGGAAAGCGGUGAAAGUGAACAACUCCGUAGUGGUCAGUUCGGUUCGGUUCCGCAGCACACAGGCUCAGGCAGCGGUCGCUAAUGGGGCUGCAGCCCAUGAGGCUAGAGAUUCGGAAUGGGACAAUGCGCUGCCGUUUAGCAAAAUUCCUGGCCCUAAUGUGUUUCAGAUGCUGAAAAGUUUUGCCCCGGGAGGUCGCUACCACAAUGCCAACCUGCCGACCAUGCAUCGGCUCUUCCGCGAGGACUACGGCGAACUGGUCCGGAUGCCGGGAUUCUUCGGUCGCCGAGACGUCCUGCUGAGCUUCCGGCCGGAUGAUUACGAAACGCUGUUCCGCAACGAAGGCCAGUGGCCUAUCCGGCGCGGUAUCGACACAUUUGCGUACUACCGGCAGAAGGUUCGCCCGGAUGUGUUCAAGGGACUGGGUGGAUUGGUUACCGAACAGGGAGAAAACUGGCAAACUUUCCGGACGGCUGUUAAUCCGGUUAUGCUACAGCCCAAAACGGUCAAACUGUACGUGGACAAGUUGGACGCGGUUGCACAAGAAUUCAUGAAAAUUAUGGUGAGAAUUCGUGACGACAAAAAUGAGCUGCCAGGUGACUUCAGUCAGUGGUUGAAUCGAUGGGCACUGGAAACGAUGGGUGUUCUGGCUUUGGACACUAGAUUGGGCGUGCUCGACGAAUCGGAAUCCGAGGAAGCUAAGAGCAUUGUGGAUAACAUUCGACAGUUCUUCGAACUGACGUACCAAUUGGAUGUGCUGCCGUCUGUUUGGAAGUAUUACAAGACACCGACAUUCCACAAAUUGAUGAGUGUACUCGAUGUUUUGACCAGCAUUGUGAUGGCCAAGGUUGAUGACGCGGUUAUCAGACUUGAGAAGAAUCCUUCGGCUCCAAGCGACACUCAGAGUGUUCUGGAAAAGUUGCUUAAGGUGGACCGUCACGUAGCUAUCGUCAUGGCAUUCGACAUGUUGCUGGCUGGUGUAGAUACGACAUCUUCGGGAACUACAGGAAUCCUGUACUUGCUGGCCACGAACCCAGAUAAGCAAGCAAAACUACGCGAAGAAUUACGAACGGUUCUACCGAAGAAAGAUUCUCCGUUGACCGCGGAAAAUAUGCGGAAUCUUCCGUAUCUGCGUGCAUGCAUCAAGGAAGGGCUUCGAUUGUGUCCACCAACCGCAGGAAAUGUGCGUGCAGCCGGGAAGGAUCUCGUUCUUCAAGGAUAUCAGAUUCCGAAGGGGACGGACGUGGCCAUGGCUUCCAUGAUCCUGAAUCAAGAGGAAACGUAUGUGAAGCGAGCCAAGGAAUUCCUUCCGGAGCGUUGGCUGAAGGAGGACGGCUAUCCGAACGCCAAGGAUGCCCAUCCGUUCCUGUAUUUGCCGUUCGGGUUUGGAGCACGAACCUGCAUCGGACGUCGUUUGGCCAUGUUGGAGAUGGAGAUGAUAGUGUCUCGGAUUACUCGCCAGUUUGACUACCGGUGGAACUACGGUGAGCUGGAGGUCAGAGCCACCUUGAUCAAUGUGCCCAUCAACGAACUCAGGUUCCAGAUGACCGAGCUGGACGAUUAGAGUAUUAUAUUUCUUGUGGUGUCGAUUGUAAUGUGAGAUUGGAGAGUUCAUUUAUUUUGGGUUUUAUUGGUGUUAUAUUUGCCAUUGUUACGCAAUCCAUAGUAUUAUUCUGAUAUUAUAAUUAAACAUUUUAUUCGAAGAUUUCCAAAA